AUUCCACGCCACGAAUCACAUUGCCUCGCCUCCUCUUCAGUUUUCCCUUCCGCAUGCAGAAAUCUGCCUCUUUCUGUUAUUAUAAUAAUACUAAUAAAAGAAGGAAAGCCCUGGAAGAAACUUUUGUAACUAGCUAAUCUAAAAUCUUCCAAUAAUUUGUUCAACUUGAACUUCUCGGUCCUCACUCUUCAUUUGACGUUUCUCUUUAUUUCUUUCGAUGAAAAUUUGAUUGGCUGCAAGAACGAGAGAGAGAUGGUAAGCUCGAGGCAGGGGUUUCCUUCAUGGAUAAGCGCUGCCUCCGGCACCAGAAUUGAUUUUGAAGGAAACGCUGAUAACAUGUUGAAAACUGCCCACGACGAUUCUACAACCCAAAAGCCUAAAGCUGUAGCCGACGUCAAUUUGAGCUUCGAAGAGAGGGCUUUCUCUGCCGCCGGUGCCGCUUUUAUUUCCGCCAUCAUCGUUAAUCCUCUCGAUGUCGCCAAGACAAGGUUGCAAGCACAGGCUGCUGGAGUUCCUUACAAGACUUGCUUUGAAACAAAUACGAUGUUCCCAGAUAUGAGAAGCUCUCAAUCAUGUUCGCGUUUGGUUGUUGGCUCUGAACCACUAUGUCCCCCUGAGUGUCAUAGGUACACUGGAACACUUGAUGUUUUCUACAAAGUCAUUCGUCAGGAAGGUUUUGCCAGACUGUGGAGAGGAACAAAUGCAAGUUUAGCAUUGGCUGUGCCGACUGUUGGCAUUUACAUGCCCUGCUAUGACAUUUUCCGCGAUUCAAUGGAGGAAUUCACAACUAAUAAUGCUCCAACUUUGACCCCAUAUGUCCCAUUGGUAGCAGGCGUAUUUGCACGUUCUUUAGCUUGCAUAUCUUGUUAUCCUAUUGAACUGGCCAGGACCCGCAUGCAGGCAUUUAAAGAAACUAAAAGCGGUAUCAAGCCUGCAGGCGUAUGGAAGACAUUAGUUGGAGUAAUCAACCCAGUGACAAGCACAAAUUGCAUUCAAAACUUACAAAACUACCGCAUCCUAUGGACUGGCCUUAGUUCACAACUUGCUCGUGAUGUUCCUUUCUCUGCAAUCUGUUGGGCAACACUUGAGCCGAUCAGGAGAGAACUGCUUGUGUCAAUGGGUGAUGAAGCUGGUGCAGGUAGCAUCCUUGGGGCAAACUUUGCUGCUGGUUUUGUGGCAGGAAGCAUCGCAGCAGCUGUUACCUGUCCCCUAGAUGUUGCAAAGACCCGACGGCAGAUAGAGAAAGAUCCUGUCAAGUCAUUAAAGAUGACUACAAGACAAACUCUACGUGAAAUUUGGAGGGAUGGAGGGAUGAAGGGACUGUUUGCUGGACUUGGUCCUCGUGUUGGUCGCACUGGUCCGUCUGUGGGGAUUGUUGUUUCAUUUUAUGAAGUUGUCAAGUUCGCUUUACAUUACAGACACGAAGAUCAUGAGUGAAAGACUUGGAUUUGUGCCACAACUAUGGUUGAUUUAAUGAUUCAAGUAUAGUCACCCGACUCAAUGAUGUAAAUAAAAGAAUUAACACACUUCUGGUCCCCCAUAAAAAAUUCCAUCAUGUCGCUUCAAACCACUUUGGCAAAGCUUUUUUCAGUGGAUACCCAUGCUCAUGACUCAAAUGAUUCCAGGAUCUGGAAAUUCCAGGCUGUAUAUUUCCUAUUCUUUUUUUCUUUUUUCACAUAAUGCAAGCCUAAUGUUGCAAGUUGAAACAGAAUUACAGAAACCCUUUUUCUUUUUUUCUGUUAAGAAUAUAUUUGGAAUAAAGUUUGUUUUGAUGGUUUGUUUCAA